AAGUUUUCUCAGAGGUCAGCAGAUUAUCAGGAGGAGGAAAGGGACAGCUGGCUGUGAACUCAUGUCCUCACUGUGUUUCUGAAGACUUCCUUUAGUGAGAAGCAGAUUAACUUUGUGCUUGUUGGAGUUUCUACAGGAAGAUGAAGAUGUUUGUGGUGUUUGUGAUCCUCGUGCACGUUUCCCAGCAUGCCUUAUCUGUGGAGCUGUAUGAGGGGGAGGAGUUUGUCCUGCUGCCCUGUGAGUAUCACACCUUUGACCUGAAAGACCCCACAGUGGUGUGGAUCCGCUACGAUCUCAAUCCUCCAACCGUCCACCAGCGUCAGCAGGAAGGUGAUGAACUUAAAGACCAAAACCAGCUUUACAGCGGCCGAACAUCCAUGAUGACUGACGCUCUGGAAACUGGAGACCUCAGCCUCAACCUGACAAAACUCCAGCUCUCUGACAGCGGCAGCUACACCUGCACCGUCAGAUGGUUAGGACGACAACGGAGAGUGAGAGAGAUACAGCUGCAGGUCAAAGAACGAUUUCCAUCCUGGGCCAAAGUUCUCCUGGUUCUCCUGGUUCUCCUGGUUGUUGGUCUUGUUGCUGGGGGUCUUCUGGUACAUUUCCGGCACUAUUUCAUGUCAGUCUACCAGGUGGAGGUGGAUUCAGAGGUGGAGUCUGUCCUGCUGCCCUGCAAAACCAGAGUUCACCUGCCUGAAGACGGCACAGUGGAGUGGAGGAACAGAUACAACUGGAAGGUCCACGUAUAUAAGAACGGCUCUGACCAGCCUGAAGAACAGCACAUUCGUUACAGAGACCGAACAGAGAUGAAGAGAAACCUGCAGAGACCUGGAGACCUCAGUCUGACCCUGAAAUACCCCACAGACAUAGACAGAGACACCUACACCUGCACCGUCUACAGCAGGGAGGGAGACAUCCUGAUGAAGAAACAAGUCCUGCUGGAGGUCAAAGGUCAGUGCUGUAGCCUAAAUAGUGAGCGUUGCGUCUCCUUCACUCUAGUGAAGAACUUUGUGUGUGGCUGUGACAUGAGGUUACUGUCUGUGCAAACACAUGAAACACGACACAGUGCAGCUGCUCGGCCCCAGUUACUGGUCAGGGAAGCGAAAACAAAAUUGCCUGUUUCAGUCCCCACUGAUCAAUCUGCACAUCUCUAG